AUGCCUGAUAAAUACCCGGGAAGAUCUUUGAACAAGGUAUAUCACCAGGACUUUAUCAUCGAUAAAAGAUUCAAAAUCGUUAAAGAAUUGGGUCAUGGAGCCUACGGUAUAGUCUGCUCAGCAAAAUACGACGACGGUAGUAGUAAUAACUCUGACGAUGGAGGAGAAAGCGGGAGCUCCAACUAUGUUGCUAUCAAGAAAAUAACCAACAUCUUCUCCAAGAAGAUUUUAUGUAAGAGAUCCUUGAGAGAAUUGAAAUUACUUCAAUUUUUCCGUGGACACAAGAACAUUACAUGUCUCUACGACUUGGAUAUUGUUCCAGAUCCUGUGACUGGGGACUUCAAUGAGAUAUACUUGUACGAGGAGUUAAUGGAGUGUGACAUGCAUCAGAUUAUCAGAUCAGGGCAACCAUUGACUGAUUCUCAUUACCAGUCAUUUAUAUAUCAAAUAUUAUGUGGGUUGAAGUACAUCCACAGUGCUGAUGUUUUACACAGAGAUUUGAAACCUGGUAAUUUGCUUGUAAAUGCUGAUUGUGAAUUGAAGAUUUGUGACUUCGGUUUGGCUAGAGGGUACCUGGAGAUUCCUGAACAAAAUUCUGGAUUUAUGACCGAAUAUGUUGCCACUAGGUGGUACAGAGCGCCGGAAAUUAUGUUGAGCUUUACCAACUACACCAAGGCUAUCGACAUUUGGUCUGUUGGUUGUAUAUUAGCCGAACUUUUAGGUGGAAAACCUUUAUUUAGGGGAAAGGAUUAUGUAGAUCAAUUAAAUCAAAUCCUUCUUAUUUUGGGGACCCCCAAGGAGUCCACUUUAACUAAGAUUGGGUCUAUUAGAGCCCAAAAUUAUGUUAGAUCUUUGCCAUUCAUGAGAAAGGUUCAAUAUCUGGAAUUGUAUCCCAACGCAAAUCCGUUGGCAUUAGAUUUAUUGGAAAGGAUGCUCACCUUGGACCCUUACGAGAGAAUUACAGUGACAGAGGCCUUAAACCAUCCAUAUUUGUCAGUUUGGCACGAUCCAAAUGACGAACCUGACUGCCAGUUGAAGUUUGAUUUCAAGAGCUUUGAAACAGUUGAAGAAAUUGAAGAUAUGAAAAAGUUAAUUAUUGAUGAAGUGAAACAAUUCAGAGACUUUGUGAGAAAGCCAAUUCCUGAACAACAAGAGAUUCAACUCAUGUUACAAUUAAAUCAGGAGCAACUGCAGCAACAACUCCAACUGCACAACCAGGAGCAAUACAAGCAACAACAUGAGCAACAGCAACUUCAACAGCAGCAACAGCAACAACAACAUCAACAGCAUCAACAACAACAAAAUCAAUAUCAAAAUAAUUAUGAUAUGAUGCAAACUCCAACAUACUCGCAUAACUAUACUCCAACUUCAGCAGGUGUUAACACAAAUUCAGAUUUUUCUUCGAAGAAUGAUCUUCAAUACUACCAAUCUAUUCCUAAACCGCAAGAACUCGAAGAGUUUCAAUUUGCCAACCAGGGAAACAACUCUAACAGCCAAAUAUCAAGGUUGGAAGAAGAUUUAGGAUUUGGAUUAGAUGGUGCUGGUUUCUUCAAUAACUUGUAA